AUGUGUAAUUUCGAAUUGAGAAGAAAAACCGAUCUAAAUUUAAUUAUAGAAUUUGAUCGUUAUAAACAAGAAAAUGUUGAAUUAAUGAAUAGAUUUAAUGAACUUCAUGAACAAAUAGAAAAACAAGGAAUAAGUUCAUAUGAAGAUCUUCAACGAGUUAAUCAACAUUUAGAUAAAACUUUAGUAAAACUUGCAUCGAAUACUGAACCAUUUAGAUUAGGUGGACGUGCUUUUGGAAUUUUUGGUUUAACAUCAGCAGGAAAAAGUUCAAUAAUUAAUAAAUUACUUGGAUAUGAUCCAACUAAAAUAGAUAAUCAUGAAACAACGAAAAAAAUUCAGAUUUAUGAAGGACAAAGUUAUCGUCUUUUUGAUAUUCCUGAUAUAAAUGAUGAUAUAUCUUAUUUUACAAUGGAUUAUAUUGCUUUUUUGAAAGGAUUAACAAAAAGAUUAGUAUUAAUAACAACAACAAUAACAGAAAUGAUAAAAUGUUUUCGUUUUCUUGAUGCAAUUAAUCUUCGAUAUGAUAUUAUUAUUAAUAAAUUUGAUUUAAUACCUAUUUCAAGAAGACAAGAGUUUAAAAAAAUAAUAAAUCAACAAAUUCGUGAAUUGAAUCUUCAAGGUGUUGAUCAUGUUUGGUAUAUUAGUGUACUUAAUCCAAAUCAAUGUCCUGAUUGGUCAACAAUGAUUAAUUCAUUAAAUUAUCAUCCUGAAAAUGUUUUUAAUGAUUAUGAUUUUUUUGAUAAUGAUUUUUAUGAAUAA